AGUCGCCGCAGCCCGCAACCAUGUGGGAUUUGAAUAUUUGAUUAUUGUCAGUCUGUCACUGUCUUGAUUACGACACCACGUCUUGUAUGUUACAAUAUAAUUGGGUUUUAAGUUAUAACCACCAAUUUUGAUGCAAAUUAAUCUCAAAUCACAAUUCACAAUAAUUGCAAAAAAUGAAUUCGCUAGUCGCAUCAUUAAAGGCCGAUGAAGCAGUUAACUGGUUUCAGAAACGUUUGAACAAUGCUGUUAAUUAUGGACUUUCUUCUGAAGAAUGCAAUAUGUUUGACAUUUUUAUUACAUCAACUUUGGCUGAUGUUGACAUAAAAAAACAGAUAAUCAAUAUAGUACUUCCAACAUUUUUUGAUAACUUAAUUUCAAGAAAAGUCGAUAAAUCGACUAUAGAUGCACAGGCAACUCUAAUAAGAUUGUUUAUUAAAUAUUAUGGAGGAACAUGCAAUCAGUUCAAGAAUGCAAUGGAUAAAUUUACAACUAAAGCACUAAGCGAGUGUUUUAACGAAGAUAAUAUUGUUUUCAAAGUGACAAAAUAUCUUGCAUUAUAUCCUCAAUGUGGUGGUCGUGGGCAACAAGGUAUUCAUCAUGCUGAAGCUUGGACUUGUCAAUUUAAUGAUUAUUUAUACUCUGCCAAUUAUUUUUUGAACCAACUUUAUACUAAUGUUAAUUUCUUCUUUGGAAUGGAUGGGACUGAUAAUUAUGAAGGAAAAUUUGAUGUGUCAAUUUUCAAAUUAUCUGAACUUAAACAAAUGACACCAAAAGAACGUUAUGAAAAGUUGACAUCAUUAUUUAUAUUUUUCAAUACAGCAAUUCAAUCAAUGUUGUUGUCCAUGUUUUCUACUGUCAAACAUUUUGAUUCCAACAAAGUUAUUCAAUUUGCUCUUUGUACUUUAUCUGUUACUUCGGAAAAACUUAACGCUACAAUGGUUACUGAAGAUGUCAUUGCAUUGGAUUCUGUUUUAUGGAAAUUACACUCUUCUGCCAUCAAAACAAUUUCAGCUCUUAUUAAAUGUUGUGGAAGGAUUUUAAUACCUCAAGGAACAUUAAUUUGUCGUAUUUUAAUACAAUCCUUAAACAUGACACAUUAUAAUUCAUCAAAUACUCAAUAUGGUACCACAAGAUCUAAAUUGCAACAGCGUGUGUUAACAUAUCAAGUUCUAUGCUCGUGGCUAGCUGUAGCUGGGUCACAGAGUUCACUCGAAUUAUUCAGUGAAAGCCUUACUUCUGGGAUUUUAUUUGAUAUCAAAUUUGAUAAACCAUCUCUAAAUUUAGUUGUUGACAAACAAACAGGUAACAAAAAAAGAAAGAGUGGUGCUCUAAAUCAAAAAAUUAUCAAUCAACGUGAUACAAUUGUUAUGCAUGAUUAUCUCGCGAAUAAAACUGUGUGUAAUGAAGCUCAUAAAACACUUCAAUUAUUUUUAAACACCUUGUCUUCAAAUUUGAAAGUUCUACAAUUCAAAAUUUUUCAAAGUACAAUCAUGGGUUUGCUAUUAGAAAUUAUUAAAUGUCAACGACCAAAUGAUUAUCCUCUACCGUACUAUGACAAUUUGUGCCGUCUUAACUUGUACAAUUCAUUAUUAGCUUUGAUUAUAUCACCACAUCCACAAUGUAUUACACAUACAUCUGUAGCAUUACGUGUUUUUACUUUUGGUACAACUGAUCGCAAUGAAAAAGUAAAAGAAGUUUGUAGAUCAUCAUUAAGCGAGCUUGAACAUAUUAUUCAUCCACGUAAUGAUACACUAUUUUUCCCUCUUGAAAAUGAAAUAGAAAUUCCGCCAUGUGCUCAAAGUACUAUACCAGAAAACAAAACUCAUUUUUUAAAUGAAAUAGUUGAAGAUUUGACUGUACCCAUUCAAGUGAAAGAAUUUAAAAAUGUUCUACCAAUUACAAUUCCACAAUCUACUCAAAGUAAUAUAUCAGAGAACAAAACUGAAAUAAUAAAUGAAAUAGUUGAAGACUCAACUAUACCCAUUAAAGCAAAAAAAGUUAAAAUUAUUAAUACUGAGAAUGUACAGCCAAAUACAAUUCCACAAUCUGUUCAAAACACCAUCCCAGAAAACAAAACUAAUAUUUUCAACAAAAUUGUUGAAGAUUCAACUUUACCCAUUGAAGUAAAGGCAUUAAACAAUGUUAAUACUGCAAAUGUUCAGCCAAAUACUGUAAUAGAAUCAAAUGAUGCUGAUAACAGUAUGGAUUCAAGCUCAGCUGACGAAUCAUUAAUUAAAAGAGAUUUGGAGUAUGAAGAUUAUACAUAUACUAAUAUUAUGAUGAAUGACUUUAUAGACAGUGAUUAAGAAUGUAAACAUAACUUUUAUGAGACUCAAAAUAUAUUUUUAAUAUUUUAUGCUUGGCACUUUACAGUAUGUUAUCACACCUUAUAAUCAUUAAUCAAAUAUAUAUAUUCAUAGACUUAUAGAAAUAGACGGAACAUUAGGUUUGAUAACGCAUGCAAGGGUUCUCUUAUUUAUAAUUUAAUAUAAUAUACCUAAGUUUAACAUAUUAAGUGAGUAGGUAGGUAACUUUAUUUUAUGACCACUCAAAUUACCAAUUAAAUUCACUUUCCUACUAGAAAAGAUGCUGAAAUAGAAAAUCAAAGCAUUUUUACUGCCUCAAAAAGAAAUGACUGUAACAAAAUUUAUAUUUUAAAAAACACACAUUAUAUAAUCAAUACAUUUAUUUUAUAAAAAUGUUGACGGUUUAAAUAAAAUAUAAAUUAACUCAUGAAUACUACUUAGUGCAAUCUAAAAUAAAUUUAGGAGGCCAAUUCCCGAGCCAUUAUUUUUUUGAGGGCAGCACAUUUUUGUGGGACCUUAUUUUUUUUUAAACAGAUUUACAAUCAUUUAGUCAAUUUCCAGAUCUGAUAAUACACGCGCUUAUUGGUUUGUCGUUGAAUAGGUACUUAAAUGUAUUGUUCCUAGUCACACUGGUAUACGUGGUAACAAGAUUGCCGAUAAUUUGGCUAAAUCCACCUCCCGUCAAAUUUGUCCCUCUCUUACACAUCUACCACAAUCUGACUUUAUUCCAUUUUUAAAACGCUACCUAUCUAGUCUAUGGUCUUCCUAUUGGCAUUACUUACCGGCUGAGUUCGCUUCGAGAUAUAGACAUAAAACACCUGAUAUCAAAAAAAAAAACCUGGUUUAACAACCUAAAUUUACAAAGAUCACAUAUAGUACAAUUUAAUCAUUACAUAUAGGACAUUGCUUAUUUCUAGUCACUCUUUCAAACUUGGACUAAACGACUUACCUCUUUGUACACUUCAUACAAAUGAGUGUAUCUGUGACCUUCCUCAUAUUUUAUUUAACUGUCCUGCCCUCCGGCUUAAAAGACAAAUUCUAUUUAACAAUCUUAUAUCUCUAAAUAUUCCUCUCAAACUUUACUCAAUCUUAAACAUAAAAUCUGAAAUAGCUAUUAAAAUGAUAAUCGCCUUUAUACUGGAGGCUGGCUUCAUUAUAUAUCAUUAUAUUGUUAUAUUCUGUGAUAUAGUAUAUAAGAAUUUAAUAUGAUGUUAACCCUAAUUUUGUAUUGUUUUGUUUUUAUUAUGUAAUUGUCAAGCUAUCAUAGUUUAUACUAGAGGCUUUAAAAAAAAAAAAAAAACGUAUUGUUGAUAACAAGAAUAUGUCAUAAAUUAUCAAUUAGUCAAUGUAAAGAAAACAAUCCUUUAUAGUCACCAUCAUCGCUCACGGUGAACUAAAAAUAAAAAAAGGUGGAUAAGUGGAUGUCGCUCUGCUGUACAG